CUCAGAUCGGUUUGUUUUUGCUGGGGUCUCGUCUGAAACCGCAGGAAGGACUUGCUUUGGGGGGGUCUCCCGGCCCUGGUGUGCAGGGGAGGGAAGGGGUGGGAGGUCUCUCACCCCAGGACUCAAAUAAAGGUGCGUCCAUUUCCUGCAGACCUCUGUAGGGUGCUGAAAAAUGACUGUAGUGAGCGGUGCGCAAUACAGCCAGAGGUCUUGGGUAUUGAAAGAGGUAGGAUUGUAGAAGGAGAGGAAGGGCAACAAUAGUCAUACCAGUCAGUGACUGUACAUCCACCCUGAAAGCGGCUUGGGGGCCACCUAGGGAUGUCAUCAUCGCUGCAGUAAUGUUGGGAUUACAUUGGUUGGGUGCUUACCUCUUAGUGCUUAUUGUGCUUGACUGCAAUUUUACUUGGGCUUAGAGGUGACGAAAUUGGAGAGGGAACCUGCCUGGAUGGUUCCUAGGGAGAUUAUUGCUGGCUUGAUGGGAUGUUAUUUUGAUGGUUUAAUAAGAUGCUGUUUGGGUUUUUUUGCUUUUUUUGUUUUUUGGGGGGCGUUUUUGUCCCCUGCUCUUGAUGAAGUGGCACAUAGGUAGUCUCUUCCCUUGCAGGUCACUGCGAUUUUUGGCCAGCUACAGUUUAAAAGUAUUUAACGUGUUUUCGUCUCCUUUUUUCAUCCCUUAAUUCUUUCUUGGAUUUGAGAAGGUUGCAGGAGCCUGUGUUUUUGUAAGUAGGCUUGUAAACUUCAUGUUUGACCAAGGCACCUGGAAUUUUUUGCAUUUCGCAGAGUCUGGAGAUUUCAUAGCCCUUGCAUGUGCAAGUUGGAACAAUUGACUUUAAGGGCAGAGAAGUCAGAAGAAAUAAUUAAAGAGCAGAACUGACUAGAGGGAAGGCCAGUGUAAUUCAUAAAAGGUUAUGGAGGUUAGAAGAGACUGGAAAAGAAGAAAUCCAGGGAUUUCAAGUAUAAGACAAACAAACAUGAAAAUGUUGUCUAGGCUCUUUCGAAUGCACGGACUUUUUGUUGCCUCUCAUCCAUGGGAAGUCAUUGUUGGGACUGUGACGUUAACCAUUUGUAUGAUGUCUAUGAAGAUGUUUACAGGCAACGAUAAGAUCUGUGGCUGGGAUUCUGGGUGCCCAAAGUUUGAAGAAGAUGUUUUGAGCAGUGAUAUCAUAAUCCUGACAAUCACACGCUGUAUAGCAAUCCUUUACAUUUACUUCCAGUUUCAGAAUCUAAGGCAACUUGGAUCAAAAUAUAUUUUAGGUAUUGCUGGCCUCUUCACAAUCUUCUCAAGUUUUGUUUUUAGUACAGUGGUAAUUCACUUCCUGGACAAAGAACUGACAGGCUUGAAUGAGGCAUUGCCAUUUUUCCUGCUGCUUAUUGAUCUUUCCAGAGCCAGUGCAUUAGCCAAAUUUGCACUCAGUUCCAACUCACAGGAUGAAGUAAGAGAAAAUAUUUCACGUGGAAUGGCAAUCUUGGGUCCUACAUUUACACUAGAUGCCCUUGUUGAGUGUCUUGUGAUUGGUGUUGGUACCAUGUCCGGAGUACGACAACUUGAAAUCAUGUGCUGCUUUGGCUGCAUGUCAGUUCUUGCCAACUACUUCGUUUUCAUGACCUUCUUUCCAGCUUGUGUGUCCUUGGUCUUAGAGCUUUCUCGGGAAAGUCGGGAGGGGCGUCCCAUAUGGCAGCUUAGUCACUUUGCCCGUGUUUUGGAAGAAGAAGAAAAUAAGCCAAACCCUGUAACACAGAGGGUUAAAAUGAUUAUGUCUUUAGGUUUGGUUCUUGUUCAUGCCCACAGCCGCUGGAUAGCAGAACCAUCUGCUCAGAACAGUACUGCAGAAAACACAGUGGGACUGGAUGAAAAUACACCAAAGAGAAUUGAACCUAAUGUUUCUUUAUGGCAGUUCUAUCUUUCCAGAAUGGCAAGUAUGGAUAUUGAGCAAGUAAUCACUCUUGGUUUAGCCCUUCUGCUUGCUGUGAAAUACAUCUUCUUUGAACAAACAGAAACUGAGUCUACGCUCUCUUUGAAAAACCCUAUAACAUCUCCAUUGAUGAUCCAGAAAAAGAUUCCUGAGAACUGCUGCAGAAGACAAUCUGGACUCUUACAAAAUAAUCAGAAAUCCAGCAUGGGUGAAGAAGCUAUAAAUUCCAAAGAGGGAAAUGCUGAAGUCAUAAAACCUGUAUUAGCAGAGUCAUCAGUCAAAGCUACAUUUGUUGUUGGUAGUUGUGCCCCAGUGGAAACUUCUUCAUUUAAUAGAAAAGAGCCUGAAGUUGAAUUACCCAAAGACCCACGUUCUAUUGAAGAAUGUCUCUGUAUACUUCAAAAUACAGAGAAAGGUGCAAAAUUUCUCACUGAUGCUGAGGUCAUCAACCUUGUCAAUGCUAAGCACAUUCCUGCCUACAAAUUGGAAAUGAUGAUGGAGACUCAAGAACGUGGUGUAUCCAUCCGCAGACAGAUUUUAUCUCAGAAGCUCCCUGAACCUACAUCCUUAGAGUAUCUUCCUUACAGGAAUUACAAUUAUUCUUUGGUAAUGGGAGCUUGCUGUGAAAAUGUGAUUGGAUACAUGCCCAUCCCUGUAGGUGUAGUCGGGCCUCUUUUUCUGGAUAGCAAAGAGUUUCAAGUUCCAAUGGCAACAACAGAAGGGUGUCUAGUCGCAAGUACGAACAGAGGGUGCAGAGCAAUAUGUCUUAGUGGAGGAGCAAGCAGUUGUGUUUUAGGAGAUGGAAUGACUAGAGGACCUGUUGUAAGACUACCCACUGCCUGUCUUGCUGCACAGGUGAAGGCUUGGCUUGAAAACUCAGAAGGGUUUAAAGUAAUCAAAGAGUCCUUUGACAGCACAAGCAGGUUUGCCCGCCUACAGAAGCUUCACAUCAGUUUGGCUGGUCGUAACCUUUAUAUCCGUUUUCAGUCCAAAACAGGGGAUGCAAUGGGAAUGAACAUGCUCUCAAAAGGCACAGAAAAGGCACUGGUAAGAUUACAUGAAGAGUUUCCUGAUCUCCAAGUUUUGGCUGUUAGUGGUAACUAUUGUACAGAUAAAAAGCCUGCUGCCAUAAACUGGAUAGAGGGAAGAGGGAAAUCUGUUGUCUGUGAAGCAAUUAUUCCUGCCAAGGUUGUCAGAGAAGUAUUGAAGACUACUACAGAAGCUAUGGUUGAAGUUAAUAUUAACAAGAACUUGGUGGGCUCUGCAAUGGCUGGUAGCAUAGGUGGAUACAAUGCUCAUGCAGCAAACAUUGUUACAGCCAUCUACAUUGCUUGUGGGCAGGAUGCAGCACAGAAUGUGGGCAGCUCAAACUGCAUCACUCUGAUGGAGCUAACUGGUCCCACUAAUGAAGAUCUGUAUAUCAGCUGCACAAUGCCUUCUAUAGAAAUUGGAACUAUUGGUGGAGGGACCAACUUACUACCACAGCAAGCCUGCUUGCAGAUGCUAGGGGUUCAGGGGGCAAGCCAAGAUAACCCUGGUGAAAAUGCACGUCAACUUGCUAAAAUUGUGUGCGCCACAGUAAUGGCAGGGGAGUUAUCAUUAAUAGCAGCAUUGGCAGCAGGGCAUCUAGUCAAAAGCCACAUGAUCCAUAAUAGGUCAAAAAUAAAUCUACAGGAUCUUCAAGGAACCUGCACCAAGAAAGCUGCUUGAAUAUUGGAAAAGCUGAAGUUAAGCCUUGUUAAAGAAACUGAUCACAUGUAAAGGAACACUACACAGUAUCUAAAUUUUAGAAGGAAAAUCAUCUUCAAGAAAAUGAUUUCUGUGGAGGAUAAUUAAAAGGAUCAUUAGACUUGUGAUCAAUGAAACUCAUUCUGCCUUUGAACAUCUUCAGUGGUUAAAAAUGGCUCCUUUUAUGGAGCUAUUUCAGAUGUCUUGAACAUGUCUUUUAGAGUUCUAGGGAUUCAUCUUAUCUUAUUCAUUGCUUUCCAAAGGGUCAGUCCUGUGUCUUUAUGGGUUGAAAACAUGUUAACUUGUAAAGUAAUAACCAAGAUGAAAAGUUAUGUUAGGUACGUUGUUUUAAAAAAAUGAUUUGGUUAAAAUUGGAUUGUAUGUAUUUGUCCAUGUGAUCUUUGUUUUCUGGUUAACAAAGUGGUUUUUAAAUAUAAAGUGAUAGCAGCCUACUUGCUAUUGAUGAAUUCCUAAUUUUAAUUUUAUUUGUUCUGAUUUUGAGCUUAGGUAUUAGGCUAUGGGAUAAUUUUACUAAGUCACAUUAGUUGGUAGAUACAUUACUGUACUUGUAUUUCCCUUGCUGCUGUUCAACUUAAGCAGCAUUAAAAUUAUAAUUGGGUUGCAUUAUUUUUCUGUUAAGGAAAGUACUUAUUUUACAAAGUACAGAAUCAUCUGACAUUAUUCUGUACUGGAACAUAAAAAAGCAUUGUCCUUAACUCUCCAGGCAUUUUGUUCAGGUAUAAAUAGGAUAUCCUGAGUUUUUUCAAAACUUAACUGAUACACCUAUAAAAAUGAUACAUCGGGCCAUUUAAAGCUUUGACUGUAUUGAUACACAGUUUUAUAAAAUAGAAAUGGAUUUGAGUGAGUGGAGUCAAGAACAGAUGUUUACAGUUUUAAAAUCUUAUCUUUUAAAGUAUGGUGUUUUUGCACAUGAAUGGCUUCUGGUGUUUGACACUUAUUCCCUCGGAAUAGGUGCAUAGCUACUGCUUAACUUGAGAAAAAAUAAAGCCAGGAAAACCAUGCUGUUAUUUAAUAUUACAGAUGUUUUUAUGUUGGAUUCUUUUUAAGUGUUUUUGUGAAAAAAAUAUUUAUUUUCUAAAAAGUCUAAAUUGUCUGUCUUAUGAAAAAUGCUUAGUAUGGGAAUCCAUUGAAACGACUGAGAAAAGCUAAUACAUCAAACACAAUUGUACACAAAAGUACUGUAUUCGGACCAGUGAGGUAGCUUCAGGUGUUCCUUAAAGUAAUGCAGGAAACCCAGGUUUAUUUUGGGUUGAUUUGCCACUAGGAAAGCUAUGCUACAGAGUUAACCCGUUGGGGCAAGCAUACUAUUAAUGGGCUUGAACCUUUGUCCUUAGCUGGAAGGAUGGUUUUAGCAAGUUGGGUAACAUGCUUCUUACUGGCAUGCAGAAGUGUUCCAGGGGGAUAAGGGAAUGUUAGUCUCUUAACAUGCACGUCUGGUAUAAAUCAUGAAGUAUUAGUUUGUAGUAAAUCAGAUAAUAUUAAUGCAUUGGUUUCAUAAAGCUAACGUGUAAGCACAAAGACAUACUACAUGCUAGGUAUGCUGUGGUAGCAUGUAAAUAUCAUGAAUGUUUAUCUUCCUGAAGUAUUGUUGUUUAAUAGUUACCAUUUAUUUAUGCAAAGUUGAAACUGCUUUGUUUCUGUGUUCAGCCAGUGAUUUAUUUAAAGUAACACUGAGCUGGCAAUAAGUGGUUGGUUCAGUGUUCAUUUUGGUGAAUAUAACUGACAUUCUGUCUUGCAGAAAUAACAUUUUGUACUAUUACUAAAUUGUGUACAUUUUGGUACAGAAUCCUUUUUCAGUUUCAGUAAAACAAUGGAAAAGCA